AUGGAUAAAGACAUAAUUAGAAAGCGGAUGUCGCAAAUAGAACUCGAAAUCGACGAAAUGAAUCAAGUACUAGAUAAGAAUUUGCAGCUGGCUGAUAAUGUGCCGAAAGAGGGUGUUGAUGCGGACACUACGAAAGCGGUGCCAUCAGAGCACACAAACGAGCAAUCUAUCCUGCAACAGGACACUGAGCCAAAGCAAAAGGUAGAGGGUGCAGUUGGAGGUGAUGACCAGCAACAGAAAUACAAGAACGUGGGGACAGAUGUGGUUGCUAGCACGAGCGAGGUGCCACAAGAGCACGUAACGCCGCCAGAGCAGGGCACUCAGCAGUUCGAGCGCACCCCAGAACCUGAUCACGCAUCACAACCCAGGACUACUUUAGACUCUGCGGUCGGUUCCACGAUUACGCCACUGGCUCUACCCAAGACUCGAGACGCGCCUGACGCGUCCAAGAGAAGUGCAUCGAAUCCGUUCCGCGUGGUAUCAGUCAGCAACAACAAGCAAGAAGUGAGCUCGACGCAAAAGUUGCAGAACCGCCACGAUUAUCUCACUUCAAAAUGUGCAAAGCUGCAACGAGAAAUCAAGUACCUAGGAGGGCUCCGUGAGCGCGGCGUGUUGACACCGGAGGACGCGCGUAAGCUGGACAAAGCCUUGCAAAGACUACAAGAGUACCUAGAUCGCAAGACCAAGGAGCGGUACGAACUAGGUGUCUUAUUGAGCCGGCAACUACGACGGGAGAUUGACCGAGGAGAGAAUGGGCAGUUUUGGGUUGGCCAGUGA